ACGGGAGCGGACGGAGCACGCGGUUCCCGGAUCUGAACUCCAAUGUGCAGCCAUGGAUGAAGACAACCUGGAUGAGCUUGUGGCUCGAAGCCCAGGGCUGGAUGGACACCUGAGGGUCAGCCCUGUGGACCUGGCCAGUGAUGCUGAAGAAAGCAGUGAUGGUAACAGUGUGGACUCCGAGGAGGACACAGGCAGUGAGGGUGGAGACGGCACAGACGGAGAGGACGAGGAGGGGGCGUCUGAGGAGGAAGACCUGCAGGACAGAUCGGGUUCUGAAGAUUCUGAAGACGAUGUAGAAACAUCAGUGGCGGUAGUGGAUGCUCAGGGGGAGAUGGAGGCCAGUGGCGCGUUCAGCUCUGAUGAUGUUGUGGAGAGCUGCCCAGUUUGUCUCAAUGUGUUCAGAGACCAGGCCGUGGGGACGCCGGAGCACUGUGCCCAUUACUUCUGCCUGGACUGUAUCAUGGAGUGGGCCAAGAAUGCCAAUUCCUGUCCAGUUGAUCGAACUAUAUUUAAGUGUAUUUGUGUCCGAGCCCAGUUUGGUGGUAAAAUCUUAAAGAAGAUUCCAGUGGAGAACCCCAAAGCCCACAGGAAUGAGGAGGAGGACCCAACCUUUUGUGAGGUCUGCGGCCGAAGUGACCGUGAGGACAGACUCCUGCUCUGCGAUGGCUGUGAUGCGGGGUACCACAUGGAGUGCUUGGACCCCCCUCUCCAGGAGGUGCCGGUGGACGAGUGGUUCUGCCCAGAGUGCGCUGGCCCUGCUGCUGAUGCAGGCUCCACGAGUGAAGAGGAGGUGUCCCUGCUCCUGGCCGACGUGGAGCCCACCACCAGCAGGCUCCGGCCCCGGGCAAUUGCCAGGACCCGGGCAAUUGCCAGGACCCGGCAGAGUGAGAGAGUACGAGCAACUGUGAACCAGAACCGCAUCUCCACGGCACACAGGGUCCAGCAUGUGCCGCGGCACCUCCUGUCUUCUUUGCUGGAUGACACCAUCGAGGCUGUCGCCACCGGCCUGAGCAGUGCCGUGUAUCAGCGCCCCACGGCCCCUCGAGCCCCCGCCAAGCGGAGAAGAAAGACAGGAAGACGGAAGAAGGUUCUGGGAAGAAAGAAAACCCGUUCCAGGUCAUCUGUGAAAAGUAAGAGCUCAGGGACAAGAUCCAAGAAACGCCAGUAUCGUGUCAAGAAGAGAAAAGGGAAAAAGAUAAAGAAUACAGCCACAGCUCGUUCUCGAAUCGCGCGGACGCUGGGCCUCUGUAGGCCUGUCCGCGGAACCUGCACCCCUGCGGUGUACAAGCCGGCAGACCCCUCGUUGGGGCUAAUGCGAGCAGAGGUUGGAGCGGCCUCCCUGUCUCUCUUUGGAGACCCCUAUGAGCUGGACCCCUUUGACAGCAGUGAAGAACUUUCCACAAACCCUCCUUCCUCUCUGAGUGCCAAGAGGAGGGCUCUGUCCCGGUCGGCCCUGCAGUCUCACCAACCCGUGGCCAGGCCCGUCUCCGUGGGGCUCUCCAGGAGGCAGCUCCCUGUUGUGGCGCCGGUGCUGGAUGCAGACGAGGCCCCUGUCCCCGACCUGCUGGGGAGCAUCCUGUCGGACCAGAGCCUCCUGAUGAUGAGCAGUGCCGACAUCAUCAUCCACCGGGACGGCUCCCUCAGCGCCAAGAGGGCAGCUCCAGUUUCUUUUCAGCGAAACUCAGUUGGUCCAUCAAGAGGGGAAGGGCCCAGGUCCAGGGCCUGCCCACAGCCUGGAGCAUCACCAGGGAGCCUGUCCAAGCGCCUGUCAGGAAACAGGCCACAGAGUGUGGAGCUGAGCUGCGAGGGCAGGCCGGCCACAUCCUGCAUCCCUGCCCGCAUGCCAGGGGCACCCGUGAGGCUGGAUGCAUCAGCAACCCCUGGGUCAGGCCAGGCUGAGAACUUGUGCAGCCGGAGCAGGCCCGGCCUAGGACAGAGUGACAGCCCACGGCUCAAUGGUGUCGCCAAGCACACUUUGCCUCCUGGCACCACUUUGUCAAAGAUCGCCAGCAGCUCUUCCAACUCUCCACCUAAAGGUACUGUCCCAGGACAUCCCCUGAAACCAGCUCCCAGAAGAGCCGCCAUCUCUGAGCUGCCCAGGAUACCAAAGAUCCAAAGAGGCAGCUGCGGGCAAGAUGCAGCCCCAGCCCGUGGGCAGAGCGUCCAGAUCCCCAGCGCCUGCAUCAGCCGACUGACAGGCAGGGGCGGGCCUGGGCAGCCAGGCCGAGGAGUCCAGGCUGAGCGUGAGCCCCGCAGCAGGGGCCCACAGGAGCCCAGCACACAUGUGGGUGGUCCCCAGCCCCCAGCCCCCAGCUCCCAUAGCAGCCUGGCCCCGCUGGGACCCUCAAGAGGGAAGAGUAUUGGGUCGACUUUCGAGAGCUUCAGGAUCAAUAUUCCUGGAAACACAGCACAUCCUGGCAGGCUGUGCAGCCCCGGCUUUUGUAACACGUUCCGGCCUGUGGACAGCAAGCUGCAGAGGAAGGACGGCCCCUCAGCCCUCUUCUCCAUCAGAAAGACAAAGCAGCUCAAAAGUGAGAUCUACGACCCCUUUGACCCCACUGGCUCCGAUUCGAGCCCCCCCAGCAGCAGCCCCGAAAGUCUCGGCCCCGGCCUCCUGCCCUCUGAGAUCACACGCACCAUCUCCAUCAGCAGCCCCAAGGCACCAACGUUCCAGGCUGUGCGCUGCGUUACCUCCUACACGGUGGAGGGUGUCUUUGGGACAGAGCCUGAGCCCUCUCGCGGGUCUUCCUCUGGCACGGUCAGGCUCCAGGGUGAGGGGGCCGCCGAGGGCGCCUCUGACGUCGAGCGAGAGGGGCUAGGUGAGGAGGAGCCGGCAGAGAGCUGUGGCACUGCCGCCCGGGCGCAGGACCUGUCCCCACCAGAGCCCUGGGACGAUGAAGACAGGGUAUCCCACGGCAUCUUCUUUGGUUCUGAGAGGACGGUGACCUGUGUGACUGUGCUGGAGCCAGACGCCCCACCCAGCCCAGGUGUGCCACGGGCAGCCACCCACAGGGUUGUGGAACUGCCGUCCCCAACCCGGUCCCGCUCCACUUCCAGCUCCCAUGGCAGGAAGAGAGCCAAGAGGAAGAGGGCAGCCAGGGAGCACCGCGGGACGCGCUCUGGGUCCCGCUCUGGCUCCAGGGACAGAAGCUCGCGGUCAGUGUCGCCAUCGGUGGGUGAGCACCACACCAAGAGGCACCGGUCCAAGGCCAGGAGCCGGAGGUCUUCCAGCGACCGCUCCAGCAGCCGCGAGAGAGCCAAGAGGGAGAAGGCCAAGGGCAGGAGCAAGGAGCGGAGGCGGGGCUCCUGCGGCCGCGGCUGGAGGGCGCCCCGUUCACGCUCAGGGAGCCCCGGCAGCUCCCCCCACGAGCACUGCGAGAGCAGGAGGAAGAAGACGCAUCGGUCGGGGCCCAGGUCUCGGGGCAGGGAGUGCUCUCCCCACAGCCUGGAGAGGGUCCGGAGGCACAAGCACCAGCGCGGGCGGAGCCGUGAGCGGCUGGACAAGGAGGGUGCGGCCAGGCCCAGAGAGAGCAGGAAGUGGAGAUCCCGGUCCCUGAGCUCAGAGCACAGGGGACGGGAGUCCUGGCGGCCACGUUCUCGUGACAAGCAGCUGCAGCCCCGGUCUCGCUCCCCAGAGAGGAAGAGGGCUGUGAGGGAGGCUUCCCCACACCCUUCCCUGCAGGGGGAGCCAAGGUGGGACAGAGACCACCCGGCCAGGCCACCGGCCUCCACAGAAGCGGGCACCUCGCCAGAGGUGGCUGUGGCUGACGAGGCAGCCUUACAGGUUCCCUCUGUCCUGGAGGGGCCAGCCAAAUGUGAGGCUGAGGACCUGGACUACGGUGCGUCCGUGGAGGCAGGCCACAUCUUUGAGGACCUCUCCAACGAGGCUGUCUUCAUCCAGCUUGAUGACAUGAGCUCACCACCUUCUCCUGAAAGCACAGAUUCCUCCCCAGAGCGAGACUUCCUGCCAGUCCCCGCGUUGCCCCCUGCCAGCCAGCUGCAUGAGGCCAGCCUGGCCAUGCCUGUCAUCCAGACGGAGGUGUCACUAAUCCACAGUGAAGACACUUUGCUGCCCCUAGCCCAGGCAGAAGGCACCCAAGAACAGCACACACUCAGGCAGGAUGUGGCCGAGACCACAACAGUGCCCAUGGGAAAGGAGGACGGCCCCUCUGUGAGUGGGAGGGCACAGGAGGUGGCCAGGCCUGAGGAGGCAGGAUCACAGACCCCCCUGCUGCGGUCCAGAGCCCUCGUGAAGAGAGUCACAUGGAACCUCCAAGAGUCGCAGGGCAGUGCCCUGGCCCAGGACAGAGUCCCAAGGACGCCACCGCAUGGGACGCCACCACAUAGGCCGCAGAAGCCCUGGGAAGUGGAGGAUGAGGGCUGUGCUGUGGUCAAGCAGGCGCCUCCUCCCAGCCAUGUGCUUCUGGAGCUGGGGGUCCCAGCCGCAGGUGCCCCUCAGGUUUACAAGCCCAGCAUGCCUCCCACCCCGGCUCAGCCCACGAGCAUCCCGCCUUGUGUGCCAGUCAGCCAGCCCAUCGUCCAGUGUAUCCUGCAGGGGAGCCUUCCGCUGGCGGGCUGCGGGGUGGCCCAGAGCCCGGCCCCAGUGCCCACUGUCCUGACUUCAGCCUCAGAGCCUGCCGGCCAAGCCGCCACUGCCAACAGCUUGGAGGAGAGGGCCGCCACUCCCAGGGCAGCCGCAGAGAAGACCAGAAAGGAGGAGUACAUGAAGAAGCUGCACAUGCAGGAGAGGGCUGUGGAGGAGGUGAAGCUGGCCAUCAAGCCCUUCUACCAGAAGAGGGAGGUGACCAAGGACGAGUACAAGGACAUCCUGCGUAAGGCCGUGCAGAAGAUCUGCCACAGCAAGAGCGGUGAGAUCAACCCCGUGAAGGUGGCCAACCUGGUGAAGGCCUACGUGGACAAGUACAGGCACAUGCGCAGGCACAAGAAGGCUGAGCCUGGGGAGGAGCUGCCCACGCAGGAGGCCCAGGCGGCCCAGGAGGCCCAGGCGGCCCAGGAGGCCCAGGAGGCCCAGGCGGCCGAGGGCUGAGGUCAAGUGGCUGCUGGCAUUUGUGUCCCCAAGUGGCUCUGCCAGGAGUGGCAGAAAACUGGGGACACCAGUGCUCCUCCCUUCAGGGUUCCUGUGGUGACUCCUGGCUUGUGCACUUGCUUGUUCACAGUUGAAAACUGAACUUUUUUAUAUGUAUAUUAUAGAUAGUUUCCAUUGUGUUCUAA